AUGGAGGAUCUUCCAGACCUAAUGGCCAAGCUGAAAGGCAUUACAAUUGCAAGAGAUGUGCCAAAUCAUCUUGGAAAUGAUUGUGAUGAAUACUUGGUUGUGUGUAGGUUUUGUAACAAGAAGGGUCAUAGGGAGUUUGAGUGUUUCUCAAUACUGAAGCAACAAAGAAAUGGGAACAAAUCCACCUUUUCUUUUAUUUCUAGAUCUGUUGUGAAACAAUUGGGACUAGUUGAACCGAACCCGAUUGACUUGCCUAUUAGAUUACCUACUGGUGAAGAUUUGAGGUGCACCAAGAUGCAUAAGGGUUUACCUUUAAGGAUUGGAGAGACUGACUUUCCAUCAAAUCUUAUAAAAUUUGAGUUGGGUGACCUUGAUGUUAUUUUGGGUAUCAAUUGGUUAGACACUUAUAAAGAUAAGAUUGAUUGUGAGAUGCAGAAGAUUCAUUUAAGGAGUCCUUUGGGAAAUAUUGUGUCUUACAGCCGUUUUGGAAAACCAAAAGGUAUCAAAAUUAUUUCUGCAAUGAAGUUGUCAAAACUUGUGAGUAAAGGGUAUCCUUUGUUCUUUUGUUGUGUGCAAGAGUUGGAAAAGAGUAAUAAGGUGAAUGUGAAAGAUAUGCCAAUUGUGAAUGAUUUUUUAGAUGUAUUUCCUAAAGAGAUUUUAGGUUUGCCACCAAAGAGGGAAUUAGAGUUUACAAUAGAUUUAGUUCCUGGGACGACACCAAUUUCUAAGGCACCAUAUAGAAUGGCACCUGCUGAGAUGGGAGAGUUGAAGGUGCGACUGCAAGAAUUGUUGGAUAAAGGGUAUAUUAGGCCAAGUGCAUCUCUUUAG